GUGUAGACGCAUCCUCCGCCGUGGCUGCUGGUCAGUUUCCAGCGCAGGUACUUGCGGGUGCAGAGGCCCCUGCUUGGACGGGUCUGCGUGAAGGAGAAUGUCUUUAUUUAAAGCCCGAGAUUGGUGGUCAACAGCUCUUGGAGAAAAAGAAGAAUUUGAUCAAGGGUGUUUAUGUGUAGCUGAUGUUGACAACAGCGGCAGUGGACAAGAUAAAAUAACUGUUGGCAGUUAUAUGGGAUAUCUUCGAAUCUUUAAUCCUCACCCUGUCAAACCUGGAGAUGGAAUGCAAGCUGAAGAUUUGCUCCUGGAAGUGCAACUGCGAGAUCCAAUACUCCAGGUGGAAGUAGGAAAAUUUGUUUCUGGUACUGAACUACUUCAUCUGGCUGUACUGCAUUGCAGAAAACUGUGUGUGUAUGCUGUCUCAGGAACUUUGGGAAAUGUGGAACAUGGGAACCAGUAUCAUAUCAAACUUAUGUAUGAACACAAUCUUCAGCGAACAGCCUGCAACAUGACUUAUGGACCAUUUGGUGGUGUGAAAGGUCGAGAUUUGAUAUGCAUACAGUCCAUGGAUGGCAUGCUUAUGUUGUUUGAACAGGAAAGCUAUGCUUUUGGCCGAUUUCUACCUGGUUUUCUUCUGCCUGGUCCGUUAACUUACAGCUCUCGAACAGAUUCCUUCAUUACAGUAUCUUCCUGUCAACAAGUUGAGAGCUACAAGUACCAAGUGCUGGCAUUUGCAACAGAUGCUGAUGAAAGACAGGAGACAGAGCAGCAAAAACUGAGUUCUGGAAAAAGGCUUGUUAUGGAUUGGGUUUUAAACAUUGGAGAGCAAGCACUGGAUAUAUGUGUUGUGUCCUUUAAUCAGACCUCCUCUGUUUUUGUGCUCGGUGAGAGAAAUUUCUUUUGCCUUAAGGAUAAUGGGCAAAUUCGAUUCAUGAAAAAACUUGAUUGCAGUCCAAGUUGCUUCCUUCCUUAUUGUUCAGUGUCUGAAGGAACAAUAAAUUCUCUGGUUGGAAACCAUAAUAACAUGUUGCAUGUUUAUCAGGAUGUGACAUUGAAGUGGGCCACUCAGCUUCCCCAUAUUCCUGUAGCAGUAAAAGUGGGCAAUUUACAAGAUUUGAAAGGUGUUAUAGUUACUCUGAGUGACAGUGGGCACCUGCAGUGUUCCUACCUUGGUACCGACCCUUCUCUGUUCCAGGCUCCUAAGGUUGAAUCUAGGGAAAUAAACUAUGAAGAACUUGACAGAGAAAUGAAAGAGCUUCAGAAAAUCAUCAAGGAGUCCACAAAAACACAAGAUAUUUUGCCCAAAUCUGAAAAAGGUUAUGAUGAUUUGAGAAUCACGGCAGAAGUUUCACCUGACUUGGAUGUAGUAUCUCAAGCCAUUGACAGUGAGGUGAGAGCAGAGGCAGUUCCUUCAGUCACAGUAAAGAUCACACUACAGAGUAGAUUGGCUGUGCAGAAAACAAAAUUAUCAAUAUGUGUACAACCUCCUUUAGCACUGACCCAUGACCAGUUCAUCUUUGAUGAUAUAGAGUCGUGCAGAUCUAAAGCUGUAGCUCUGUCUGUCUUUCUGAAGGGGAAUUGUCCACCAGCAGAGCUGGAAGGAAAUGCUGUGGCUUCCUAUAGUACACCCACAGAUCUCAAUCCUGAAGGAAUACCAAGAGUUGCUCAGUGUAAAUUUAGACUACCUUUGCGAUUAAUUUGCUUUCCAGCUCAACCUUCAAAAACAGCAAACCACAAACUAACUAUUGAUACCAAUAAACCUCCUGUCAGUCUUGUGAACCUUUUCCCAGACUUUGCUGAUCAGUCUGAUGAAGAUCAGGUAAAUGUUCUGGGAUUCCAGUUCUUAACUGGUUCUAGAAUCACUCUUCUUGCUUCAAAAACCUCACAGCGGUAUAGAAUCCAGAGUGAACAAUUAGAAGACCUUUGGCUAAUCACAAAAGAGCUCACUUUUCGUCUUGAAGAACAUUUCAAGAAGGAAAAUAGCAAAGACUUCACAUGUACCUUUUCUGGUUCAGUUCCUUUACAAGAAUAUUUUGAACUAAUUGAUUGCCAUUUUGAGCUUCGCUUGAAUGCAGAAAAAUUUGAAGAACUGUUGUCUGAAAGAGCCAUACAAUUUAGAGCUAUUGAACGACGAUUACUAACUCGAUUCAAAGACAAAACACCUGCUCCCCUCCAACAUCUGGACACCUUGCUAGAAGGAACUUACAGACAGAUAAUAGCUCUAGCAGAUGCGGCAGAGGAAAACCAAGCCAAUAUGUUCCAGGCAUUCACAAAGUUGAAAAGUGCCACCCAGCUGGUGAUUAUGCUGAUUAGUCUGUGGCAGAAACUCAGUACUGACCAAGUUGCUAUUCUGGAAGCUACGUUUUUGCCAUUAAUGCAGGAUACCCAAGAGCUGGUAAGGAUCUGUGAGAUUUACUGA